CGAAGCGAAGCCAAAACGCCCAUUCCCCUUCGCCCUCUUCGACCCUAGCAAGAAGACGGCGGCGGAGAUGGUGUACUACGCGCUUUUGGUGGGCGCAGAGCUGGACGGCCUCACCAACCUGCAGCCCAGCGGCGGCUGCGACGACCCCAGCUUCCCCUACUACCUCAAGCUCAAGUGCGAGAACUGCGGGGAGGUCACCGCCAAGUCCACCUACGUCACUCUCAGCGAGCAAGUCGACCUGCCCAAGGGACAUGGCACCGCUCACCUCGUCCAGAAGUGCAAGCUUUGUGGGAGAGAUGGAACAAUUGUGAUGAUUCCUGGUCAGGGGACGCCACUUACUAUUGAGCAGAGCCAGAAAGAAGAGAAGACUUGUUUGAUGGUGUUUGACUGCAGAGGCUAUGAACCUGUUGAGUUUUCUUUUGGAGCUGGCUGGAAGGCUGAGUCUGUGCAUGGGACUCCUUUUGAAAUUGACUGCUCUGAAGAUGAAUUUUCUGAGUAUGAUGAGAAGGGAGAAUGCCCGGUUGAGCUAAGCAAGCUGCAGUCAACAUUCAAAGUGGUGAAGAAGCAUGAGAAGGGUGGUAAGACAAGAUUUGUCUAGAUCCAGUGACUUGGAGUCUGUCGGGUAUUGGAAUCGGAGGUGUAUAAAUGGUACAUUUGGGCUAAAAGGUUGUGCGUAAGACGUACCUUCUCUGUCUAUUGAUUUUGUGGAUGCCGUGAACCA